CAGCUGCACUGUAGACUACCUGCACCCAUAGGUGCGCUUGGAUACAUAUAGAGACAUAUAUAUAGAUCUACAUCAAUUAUGUUGGCUCUUCUUCCUAUUUGCAUGAGUCAAUGUAUUUUAACGCUUAUCUAUGUUAGAGUGACACCACAAGGAAACAGGGUGAUUUGAUGUGAUCGUCUCCCGUUUAAUUUUAUGGAUAUGGGAAUUGCGCACGCUCGGUCACUCUGGUCAGACAGGUCCCUCUGAGGUGUCACCCAGAAGAAGUUCUGUUCACACGCACACACCUGAAACUUCUUCAGGUCGUGACAGUCCGCCUUCCAGUUGAUGCCGAGGGUCAUGACCAUGAACGGUGACCACGAGUCGGUCGCCACAGCACCGCUGGAUCUGCGCACCACAAACCGAGAGCGUGGAAGCGGCGGGUCGAGGGCUCCGGACUGCAGAAGUCGCCUCAGGGACGGUCGCGUGACAAACGGCUCACCUGCGCCUCCUGCAUGCACCGGGACGGACAGUUUAGAAAGUCACUGCCCCGCGGUCAGACAGGCAGUGGGCUCAGUGGACAGCACCGCUCACAAGCGACCAGCGGAUACAUCUUCCUUAAAGCUUCCUUUUAGGAAACGCCCGAUUCCUGUCGAACCGGAGACCCGGAGCCGCUCACCGGCUCCACCAGGAACCGGUGAGCGCUUUUCUCCCGCAGAAGAUAAAGACUUGAGGUUUCGGGAGAGUUUGCCCGGUUGUUUGGAAAGAGUCGGCGUAAUACCAGUGACCCACAGGCGGGUCGAAGAAGCAGAACAGAGUCCAAAUGGAUAUUCACUGUGCUUGUGGCACCCAUUUAAUUACGGUCACUACCCUAUGUACUGCUUGCCUGCUGUUCCAGAGCUGAGUUACCCUCCUGCCCACCAAAGUGAACACUUUCUGGCUGGUAUCGCUCUGGCUACGCAUCAAGAUGAAGAUGGAGACACAGCUCUCCAUAUAGCUGUGGUGCAAGGGGAAUUGGCCAUUGUCUUCAAACUAAUCGAACUCUUGCUGCGGGCUCGCAGAGGCCUUGAUAUCUACAACAAUCUUCGUCAGACUCCCCUUCAUCUGGCAGUGAUAACCAAGCAGGCAGACAUGGUGGAAGCUUUGUUGAAAGCGGGUGCCGACCCUGGAGCGUUGGACCGAAAUGGCCAAACAGCACUCCAUCUCUGCUGUGAAUAUGACCAGCGUGACUGUCUGUCUCUAGUACUUUCUCUGUCCUCAACCUCCAAAUGCCUAGAGAUCAGAAACUAUGAGGGUUUGAGCCCUCUCCAUCUGGCUGUGCUGCAAGGCUGUAAGGAUUUGGCUAGAAUGUUACUGGAUGCAGGAGCUGACAUCAAUGCUAUGGACAUCAAAAGUGGCCAGAGUCCUCUCAUGCACGCUGUGGAGGCCAAUAAUGCAGACAUGGUCCACUUCCUCAUUGAGAAUGGAUGUGAUGUCAAUAGCCAGUCAUACAGCGGGAACACAGCCCUGCACAGUGCUUGUGGCCGAAGUCAGGUGGAUACUGUGCGGCUGCUGCUUAAAAGUGGAGCUGACAGCAGCCUCAAGAAUUACCACAAUGACACCCCAGUGAUGGUGGCGAACAACAAAAAAAUAGCCGAUGUGUUACGAGGCAGAGGCUCCAAGCAGAUAAGAGAUCAAAAUCAACAAUGUGUGUCACCACACGGAAGCAGCUUAACAGAAAAUGGAUCCCCAUCUCCCAGCCAUAGUCACGGAUGUUCACCCUCAACGACACCGCAUGCCUUUCAUCGUAGCGCUUCCCACUCUCCAUCUACGCUUGUAUUUCCAUUUUACUAGUUCACAGCUGUUGUCCAGUGAAACGUGCAACUACCUCCACACACCAAGCAUCAAGGGGACAAUCAGACUGGGGGAAACAGAAAAGCUGAGCAGCUGCAGUGAUCAGUUGAAAUGCACAGGCACAUAUGCAUCAAUGGAAAUGUGCUACUGCAUGAAAUUAUGGCUGAUCGUAAAGGACAUUUUUGAAACUGCCAGCUAUCAGUUGACAUGGACCAAAGAUCAAUAAACCCCAAAUGCCCUUUUUAAAGUAUUUUCAAGCAUUUUGCUUCUGUUUUUGAAAGAGGACAAUUGUUAAAUAGAGAAGAGAUAGUGAUGGGGAUUCUGUGUACAUUUUCUUUGCCUUCCUUGAACUGUGAUAUUGUAUUUACAUUGUCAACAGGCACAUGGGCACCCCAAGUCUUGUUCAAGUUUCCAAUAUACUUUGAUUGUACUGUCAAAUCCUUCCCUAUAGCUGUAUUUCAGAUCAGUUAGUGUGCAUAUGUGUUUGUAGAUGUUUGUUUUUCUAUUACUGUCAAACGUUGUAAAUAUUUUUAUAUAAAUUAUGUCCAACAGA